CAGCGCAGUGUACCGUAGUACGCUCCGAGAGCCAAGUGUAAACCGUGCCGAGACAGAUUGCCUGGGUCGGAUAAAGUCGGUCGUGACGCGCCAGCGUUGCUGCGCGAGAGGAAUGGCGUGAGCACACUCGAACGAACGCCAUGGUGCUGGAGCGAAGCCAUUGCGUUACAAAUCCAUUGCAGUCCUCGGCGCCGGAGUCCUUGCUUACGAGGGCCACACCGAGCGCGUCAGAGGGGAAAGCGAGUCAGUGUCGAAGUGGGGACAGGCUGAACUAGCGUGAGCAGUGGUCAAGCCAUUCUGGGGUGUCGUUAUCUGGAGGUGGAGCGAAAUGCUUCGGCCGAGGAAUUAUGCUUGGAGCUGUGGUGAGAGAUCACCUUCUACCACAUUGUGGGCACCGUUAUAACUCAAGACUUGAGAAUUUUGCUGAGUUAGAGAUGCGUCUUCUGCGCAUUCUGUGAGACACGGCAGCUGCGGGAGAAGUUCCAGGAUUUUUUUUUUCUAAAGUCCGGUGCGCAAUGGUAGGAAUUACGUAUUCCCACUCCUCUAGGCUCCUCUCUCCGUAUUGUUCCUUACUCAAAGGCAGUCACUUUUCCAGGACCCGGGUCGUCUCUUUCACUCAUUCUGGGACGAACACCUCAACCUUUAUGUCACCCGGAGGCUUGAGACUGCACUUGACCACUCCAAAUUACGGGGAGUCGAGCAAAUUUUUGCCAGGGUUUAGGGUUUUAGAGCAACGUGGUAGACCUCAAUUCAGGCGCAGUUGUAGAGCGAGUGGACCCGAGGGUAAGCCCUUUGUGUCAUCGGCGUCCUCUCAACGAGAAGACUCACGUUCUUUGAAUUUCGAAAGAGCACGAAGCAUCUCCCCUGCUCCAAGAAAAGCAACUGUUUCACUUGGAAAUUUUGUCACUGCUGGUCGUUUGGUGUUGGUUCAGCUGUUGCAAAAUGCAAGUGUGCAUAUCUUGGCAGAGGGCAAUCUUUUUGCUCAAUUCGCUAAAGAUUUGGGCAGAAUUCUGUUGAUUGCGGUGCUGUUUGUAGUGGUUGGCUUCAGCCCCACAAAGUCGUUGAGCAGGCGUGCUCUUGCAACACCUGCAGUCGCAAGCACACAAUCAGUGGAAGGCGAAACAGAGAGGAGACCGGAGUCACGUAAAAGGAGAAGCCAUGAAUUAUCAGCUGAUAACCAGAGCCCGAUGGUUGAAGAGGAAACGGAAAAGUUUGUCAAACGAAUGGAAAGGGAAGUGCAGGAAGCAGAAUUCAUUGAGCAAAAACUGGCCGAUUUGGAGAUUCUUGAAAAGGAAACCAGGGAAGGGCUGAAAUCCGAACGCAAUCUCAUGAAGAGUAUUGUAGAAGCAAUGAGAGGCAAGGGGAAGGCAAAUGAAGUAGGCACUAUCAAACAGGCUGAAGUGUUUUUGAAGCGUAUGCAGCAGGAGAAGGCGGUUGUUGAGGCAGAGGUAGCUACUAGCGCCGAUGAAUAUGAAUCACUCGUGAGAGAGCUGGAGACGACAGAAUUAGGGUCGAUGGAGCGGGCAGCAAAAGAAGAGUAUUUGAAAGAAGUAGAGGAUAGGGUAGUCGUGUCGUGGAGAAAAUUCAUGUUGAUGGAAUCUGCAGUUGUAAGAAUAGCGGAUCUCUGGAAGGAGAUACUGGCUCAAAAGAAAGGAAGCGAGGAACAGAAGUACGCUCAAGAACUAGAGUCAACUGCAGGACAUGUUGAGGAGGUGAGGAAUAUUGAGAAGGAGGCAAGCAUACUGCCAUUAGCAGCCAAGGUUGAUAUGAGAAUUGAACCGUUCGAGUCCUGUAUUGAUGACGAGGAUCGAGAAACGUUGCAGAAAAUUGACGAAGAGCAGGAGAAGGCCAAAAAGCUGCAGGUACUCAUGAACAAGCUCGUGGAAAAUGUGUACGAUCCACUGAAUGAGGAAGACCCUGAGUACCAAAAGAGUCUCGCGCAGGUAAGGGCUCUGCUGCCUCGGGAGUUGAGGGCAACAUUUGGUCUCGGACCACUGAAGAAUCCGUCAGUGGAUCCUCUACAGAUGGCUCUUGACUGGAAAAACUGGCGGGGAGAGACAGAAGAUGAAGAAUUCAGAACUUAUCUGAGGGAAAAUCCUGAAAAGAGGGAAGAGUUCAUUCAAGAAGUGCAGGAAGAAAUUCUGAUAGCCAGAGAUAGAGUCCUCAAUAGAACAUGGUAUGAUGAGCAGAAGAAAAGAUGGCAGAUGGAACCGAUGGCAGCUCUUCACGCUAUUGAUAAGAAACUCGCUGGACGCGCUCGUGUCCGCCAGGAUCGCUGUGUCAUGUAUCUGACACUAAAAGGAGAUGACCGAGAAUACUACGUAAAUACCAGGGCGUUUCAUGCAGAGUACGAGGAUGUUGGGGGUUUUGACAUGAUGUACAUGAAGCUCAUCACCUCAGGAGUACCCACAAACAUGGAAACCAUGUGGAUUCCUUUUGAGGAGUGGGAAUUCGAACGCCUUUUUCAGCUACCUUUUAAGAUAGUGUACUGGCUGCUUGAGGAUGUGUGGAACUCGAGCAUUUUAACAGCUAUAAGGCCCUGGUACUUCAGAACGCUGAAUGGGGCCUUCGAAGAGGUGAUGAUCAGAUUUGGAUUUCCCAUCAUCCAGACUGUCAUGCCUCAAAGUAUACGUGUUGCCCUGGGUUUUGACUUGGCUGAAGGGGCAGAAGCUGCGGAGCCGACUGACGUUAUGAUCUGGCAGCAGGAGGCUCAGAAACAUGUCGAUGCUAGGUAUGGAGAAGGAAGUGGUUCUGCAGCAUGGUGGAUUUCUCUACCAGUAAGAUCGUAUGUCGUGGGAGUGCCCCUUCUGUUCUUCCUGAAACUGUUUCUUCGAGUAAUACUUGCUCCACUCAAACCUCAGGAUCUGGAAAUGAACGAGGCAGAGUGGAAGGAACAGCUGCAAGAAGAGAUGGAGAAGGAGCUAGAGCCUCAAACCAAGAAGCAGACAAUGGAUCCUAUCAAGAACGUCUUUGAUAAGAUGAAAAGGGUGAAGCGUCCUGAAGUUCUGCUGAAGGACUUCGCGGGAAUAGAUGUUAUCAAGGAAGAGAUCAGUGAGGUUAUCAGCUUUUUGAGGGAUCCAAAGCUUUUCAAAGAGAUGGGAGCCCGACCACCUCGAGGUGUUCUGAUUGUAGGGGAUUCUGGCACAGGAAAGACGACUUUGGCGCUCGCUAUUGCAGCUGAAGCACGAGUUCCAAUGAUUGAGUUACAAGGUGCUGAGCUAGAGGGUGGAUCUUGGGUCGGUCAGGGUGCCUCUAAUGUGCGAGAGCUCUUUAAAACUGCACGAGAAUUGGCACCUCUUAUCAUCUUCAUGGAUGACUUUGAUCACUUUGCAGGUGUUAGAGGUGCAACGUCAGAUACCAGAAAGCAGGACCACGAGUCAUUGAUUAAUCAGCUCCUAGUGGAGCUUGAUGGUUUUGAGACGCAGGAAGGUGUGGUUUUAGUCGCCACAACUAGCCGGCCAUAUGCCAUUGAUGAAGCUCUGCGUAGACCUGGACGCAUGGACCGCACCAUAGAGCUACCGUUGCCGAACAAGCGUGAGCGUGAACAGAUUUUGAGACAAGUAGCACUCACCACUAUGGAUGCACACUUGGUAGAUUUAGUUGACUGGAACAGGGUAGCUGAGAAAACGGGAGGUCUAACACCAGCGCAACUCAAACACGUUCCUCAGGGGCUGGAGGCCAACGCAGUUUCUAACAAAAUUGUGGAUGACGAAGAGUUGUUCAGUAUAUUCGGUUGGCUGGCACUGGUAGGCAAAGUAGCUCCCAAGUGGUUCAUGGAUAGCAAGUGGUACAAAAAGUAUAACAAUGAUCUGCUUGAUUGGCUCGGUCUCCGUGUUACACAGCAAGAUCUUAAUAAUGCCGUAGAGUUUCUCGACGUAUACGGGGAAACAAAACCCGGAAUUGAGCUCUAUGAUCCUCCUUACGUUUGGACGAGAGAAUUCAAGUUUCCGCAUGCAGUCUGGGCGGUAGGAAAGGCGUUAGUAAUUUUAUUGCUUCCCAACUACGACACAGUCGACCUGAUCUGGUUAGAUCCAACGUCAUGGGAGGGUAUCGCAUUCACCAAAACGACUAAGAUGUUGGACGGAGGUUACGAAGAGACUGGAACAAUGAGUCGCUCAUACUACGAAAAGGAGCUAGUUUCAUGUUUUGGCUCGUUUGUCGCCUCGCGCAUGCUUCUGCCCUUUGGUCAGAAUAACAGUCUCUCCAAGUUUGAGCUGGAGGGUGCGAAAGAAAUUGCCACACGUAUGGUCAUGGAGUACGGGUGGGCUCCCGAUGACAGCCCCAUGAUAUACCAAACGGAUGGGUCGCCUACUGCUCUAUCUAUGGGAGAUGAGCAUGAGCAGGGAGUCUCAGAGGACAUCAACAGACUAUUCUACUGUGCAUGUGACAAAGCUGCACAAAUUCUGCAAAACAAUAGGCCAGUGUUGGAAGCAAUGGUUGAGCAUUUACUUGACUGCGAUGCCCUCGGGAAGAAGGACAUUGCACGGAUAAUGGAGGAAAAGGGAGCAGUCUCUGAACAAGAUCCCUUCUCAUUGGUACCUUACACGCACAUCGAAGUCGUUGGUGCGUCAACAAAUGGGUCAGGAAGAUCUGGAAAAGCUCUGUCUGUACCUUCUUACACCUGAUCAUAUGGCAACAUUUUUGACUUGACCAGUUGUGAAUGUAAUGUUACGAUCAAAUUGUUGUUUGGACAGGGCGGCAUGAUGUCAUUUGAAGAAUUUGCAUGUCGGUGGGGAACCACCGAUAUGCAACUUGAGCGCAACUUUGCCAUUGUUUUUGUAGACAUACAUUAGAUAUCUGGGCAGCACUCCCGAAUUUAGAUUACGGUUAACCAUGGAAGAUAGUAGAGAGAAAUGGAAAUUUAUGUAGGGACCUCUGCAGCGGAGAACUGGAUCAGAUCCUGAAAUGAUGAAAGGUCGAAGUCCGUUUGAUGGUUGUAAGUUCGUUGUAUAUCAGAUAGCUGCAAUGAGGCCAAUGUUCUCCUUCUCUUGGUUUCGUAUCCAGAACGUGCAUGAAGGUGGAUGACACUAUCAUCACCUCAGCUGGAGAUUUGAGAGGAAGAGUGUAUAUACACUCGUGUUUUCUCCAGGAAUUAUUCUGCAACAUGUGAUUCUCUUCUGCCAGCAGAGUAAGCUUACACUGUAGAGGACCAGAAGAUCAUGCAGAUUUUGUUGGUUUGCGUAUAAGUUCAACAGGACAAGUUACUGGAGU